AUGAUACGUGAACUACUCAGUCUUCCUUUGUGUUCCUCGGAGGAGGCUUUUCUUGAGUCUUACACACUUGAGUCACUUGAUCGUGCGCAAGGUGCUGUGGCAUUGGAUACGUUGUUGAUCAAAUUUGUGAACCAAGGACGUUACAUCGAUGCCAUCCAUCUUGAUCGCCGCGCGACAUACCAUGAACGAACAUUAACGUUUUCUGAGCAAGAACAAGAUACUUAUUCUCGUGCGAAGCAACGUCGUAGAGCACUUAUGGACGGAGUUUGGGCCGUUGUUCCAUCUAUCCAGCGUAAUGCCCUUCUUGUUCAGGAUUCCGAGGACGAUCACUCCCUUGGUCAUGCCAAGGAUCAAUAUCGCGAGGAAAUGGAUAUGGACUGUAUUUCUAAGCCGCUUGCCCGUUCUCAUACCCCGCUCAGUGUGUCACUAGGCUCCAAAGACGUUCAAGGACUGCGCAAGUCCUCAGCAGAUGUAAACCUGUUACGCGCUUCGAUUCGUGUGCCAACGGCUUCGAGCUCUGAGCCGCGGGGUGCCUCUCCUGUACACAAAGUUACUGAGCGCGAUUCUCAAUGGCAAAGUAGCACUCCUUUCUCGGGAUGGAAGCGUUCGGGACUCGCACAAUCAAUGUCAGUCUCACCGCAACCAACGUGGAAUCUUCCCAUCCCAUCUUCGUCUCGAAGCCCUCGGCUGUCUAAACGCGAACUUGGCACUGGACCCAUAUCUGAUGUUGAAGACAUUCUCGAGCAGAGGUCCAGUUCGAUACCAUCUCACAAUGUCAUUCCAGCUGAAGAUGAAUCUAUGGCUACAACAGGACAGGAAGUAGAUGCGCAAAAGCCUACGGAAGAACAGGAUUCUAUUGAAGAGGUCCACGCAGAGGAACCAGUACGACGACGCGGAGGCCGGCGCCGUGCUGCACGACAGGCAACUGAGGCACUCCGAAAAGCUUUGCGUCCGGAGGAAGAAUCAAGUGGACCCAGUAUCCCUGGCGGUUUCCCGAUGGAAGAGGAUGCGACACCAUUGGCACAGCCUACUCCUCGACGCAGUGCGCGGCGUUCGACGCGCCGUUCACGGAAGUCAACUACAGCGGCCGCGGAGACUGCUACACCAGAAAAUAUAAGUACGUCAAUGUCCAUGUAUCCCGAGCUGCCUGGGUCCAAGUCAUCCAAUACUCCACGUCUUCCACGGUCUUCGACGACGUCAGAGACUACAGCGUAUCCUCAGCAUUCUCUUGCACGCUUAGAGGCAAUCUCGGACGUGCGACCCAUCGCCCGGCGCACACGUGCUCAGACAGCUGAACUUGAAUCUCAUGGUUCGCAAAUAAACAUGGAUGUUGGCGACGUGUCCGAAGGAGCUGAUAUUGCAACAUCGGUCCCUGCCACUCCGUCGCGUGCACGACGAGGUGGCUCCACACGUGAACGAACCUCGACACCGCAACGUGUGACGCGCUCGACACGUCGAUUACGUGAUGCAAGAACCGCCACACCCGGCGCAUCGCACACAUCCUCCACGCGCCAUUGA